GUUUAUGGUAACAUCUUAUUCUACUGUCAGAAAUGUCGCGGUGAAUUCAAAACUAAUUUGAAGAGAAAUAAAAUUUUACCGUAUCAAACUAAUUAAAAGUUUGUAAUAAAUGAUUACUUAGUCGACGCGUGAUAUUUUUGAUAUAGUUUUAUAGAAAACCAUCAGUCUAUGUAUUCAGGGUCGUGUGCAAAUUCAGUGUAUGAGAAGAUCAGUGUUACAAAUGCUUCCACUUUUACGUAGCUUUUCACUGUGAGGAAAAGCUACUUAUUUAUAUGAAUUGUUGGUAUAAUGAGUAACACUGCAGAAGCCAAGCCUCCCAGCGAUGAGAGUGGUUGGCAGGCCAUCGAUAUAUAUUUGUUCGCUAACGGGCAGCAGUACUCGCCUCCGAGGAAGUAUCACCUAACAAAUGACGAGCUCAACUGGUGGGACAGCACGCUCAGCAGCUUGGCCAAAUCCCUUUAUGGAGUCAUGCACCCAUACAUAGUUCUGUACACAACGGAUGGGCACAAGGUUGGGGGUCCGCUGGAGCUCAUAGAUGGCAUGGCUUAUGUAGCGGUGGAACCACCUGACACGUUCAUCGAUGCUGGCUACGACAAAUACCUUAUAAAAGCCACCAGGUCCUGGGAGAAGCGGCAGGCCAGGAGGGGGAGCCCUGCGGACGGUUCUGAGGCACCGAAACACGGUUGCCACCACGACCAGCCAUGUUGCUUGUGUCCCGAAAAGGAAAAUGUUGUCACUGUUGAAAGUGAGCGGUCUGUAUUGGUUACUACUGAGAUAUCUACUUUGAGAGCACCUGAUGAGACCUUUGUGGAUUCUGUACGUGAAAUUUUAGUAUUAUUAUCUCUUCUUCCUGUUGUGGGGUGUCGAUGGCAUGCCACGAGUUAUAUGAACGCGAGGUGUCGGCACUCCACGAGUGAUCUCGCGGAAGUCUACCGGCGCUUCCACACCAGAACCGACGAGGCCUGGAGAUACCAUUUCCAUGAAACGAUUAGCUCAGCAGCGCGGAAGAGGUCCGCUGAUUACAUCGCAGCACAUAACGGACCUGUAAAUACUGUACUCGGACGAACUGGACAAAAUGGUCCAUGGGGCGGUACUUAUGAACCAAGAACUGGUAAAUACAUUAUUGAACCAGCGGAGCGUGGUAUCCUCGAUGAUUACAGAACCAAACUCGAUGAAAGCCGACCCAGAUCGGCAGUCGAAACGUCUCCAGAUCAAUGUGGACGAUGCCGACAAGAUGAUAAACGACGUUCGCCAGCUGAACACGGCAGAUUACCAGAAUAUGGGCGCACACUAGCUGAAGAAAGAAUUAUGCCCGUUGAUUAUGGGCGCAUACCAAUUGAUGAAAGACUUCCACCAAUAGAUUAUAGGCACACACCAGCUGAACACAAACGCACAUCGGGGGAGCGUAGUCGUCUACCCGGUGUGCAAGGUUAUACAGAAAGUGAAUAUGGUCAGGUACCAGAAAAACAAAGCCGUAACUUUGGUGACUAUGGAAAUAAAGUAGUUGAUGAUCAAAGAUUUACACCAGAAGGGUACGGUCGAUCAUCAACUGAACAAUUUGGUACUCCGGGUGAAAUAGCACGUAAUUUCGUUGAUGAAGUGCGUGCGCCAGUAGAAUAUGGCUUAGAAAGUGGAUAUCCAUCACGUGAACAAGUUCGAACAUCGCUUGACAAUGGUUAUGCAACAAUGGCACAAAAUAGCACACCAGGUGAACAUGUCCCACAACCAGAUUACGGUCAGGUUCGUACCUUUAGCGAAAGUGGUUAUCCUCCAGAAGACAAGUGUUGCGCUCCUUGUGAACAUGAGCGAACACCAACCGAUCACGAACGUACACCAAGUGACAAUCGGCAUUUACCAAUGGAGCAUGAUCGGGGCCCAAAUGAAUAUAUCCGGACUUCACUUGAACAAGAACGAGCACCAAUUGAGUACAAACGUUCACCAGCCGAACAUGCUCGUACUUCAGUGGAAUUUGGAAGUCCUUCUGUUGAACAACGGCGUACACAAAGCGGUAAUGAACGUCUAUCAGCUGAACAAGUUCGGUCUUUGGAUGAAAGAAAUGCUCCAAUAAAACAAAAUAGCAUCUCUGGAGAAUACAGACGCACAAGUGGACAGAAUCAUGCUCUUGGAGAAUAUAGGCAUCCACCAGGUGAACAAUUAAGAUCCUCUCCUGAAUUUUAUCGUUCCCCCGGUGAACAAGAUGGCACUCCCGGCGAAUAUAGGUAUCCACCAAACGGGCAAAGUCAUGUUCCAGGCGUAGGGCCAGGUGGUCAAGGUAGUACUUUAGGUGAAAGUGGUCAUACACCAGUUGCCCAAGGCCGUACAGCAGAAGAAUAUAAACCACCUUGUGGCGGUUCUUGCCGACCAGGAGGACAUGGGCAGAACUCAGGUGAAUGUGGUCGUAUAUCCGUUGAAUCAACAGGGCCGAAACAAAGUGAAUAUGGGCAAACACAAGGUCAACAAGGGCGUGAUCGUAACCGUUUAUCCGGUGAACAUGGGCGUAUACCAAGUGAAAAUGGGAGAACAAUAGGAGCAAACGCACGAACUCCAGGUAACAAUGCUAGAAAAUCCGGUGAGCGUGGGCGACUACCUAGUGAACGAGCACGGAUAUCAGCCGUAAGCAGACGUUAUCCAGGUACCAAUGAUCAAAAACGUCUUUCCAGUGAACAUAAACGAACAUCAGGUGAACGAGGACGUACUUUAGGUUCAUGUGGCCGUACCGCCGAUGAACAAGGCCGUAUUCCAGAUGAACAUGAACGCAUACAAGGGGAGUUCGAGACUAGAACUGAUGACCAGCCCGUUAUUUUAAGUGAUUACUUUCCUAGUCCAGAAGAAAGUGGAAUAAAGGUAAGAGAAAUAAACGAAGUUUUAGCAGACGAUACAGUUAUCAGAUCAAAUGGCCCUAGAAUGAUUGAACAGCAAGAUAGGUCUGGAGAGCGGGGGAAAAGGCUCAAUAGUAACGAAGGCAGGAUAGCAGGGUUCGGAAAUAGAGUAAGUGAUCAGGCACAUAAAACGGGUGAUCAACAAGGUAAGCUCAGUCAUCAUGAUUGCAAAAAUGGCGGUGGUGGCGUUUUAGAUACGCAUAGAGGAAUUGGAAAUGGUGGUAGUUUAGUUGUACAUCCGAUCAGAGAAAAUGAGUAUAUUUCUAUACCAGGUCAAGAACCACUCACUGAACUGGACGAUGAACAAGAAGCCUAUCGAGAUAAUAAUGGUGGCAGACGCGGCGAACUUGAAACCAAAACAGGUGACCUUCUUACUAGAUUGGCUGCUAAUGGUGCUCGAUUGAGUGGUGGUGGUGGACCAAGCGUUGCAGCAGGAUUGCCAUAUGUAACUGAAAGUCAGCAACAAAAUAUACGUAGGAGCAAUAUGUCAUCAUCGUUGCAAAAUGCGCCGACUGCAGAUGGUAAGCAUCGAUGGUCUGGUGCUACACAUUCAUCAAUGAGAAGGCCAAGCCCCAAUCUGGUGUCACCCGUGCCUCAAAGGAGAUCAGAAGAUAAAAAACUAGUAAGGACCAGCAGGGAAGAAAAUCGGAAGACAGCAUUAAAAUCACCUUGUCGGUUAUCAAAUGGAUGUGCUGCUCCGAAUGUAGUAGGAAAACAAAAAAGUGCGCCUAAAUAUUCCUGCAAACGCACCGCUCCACAAGCUUUUCCAACGCCCGCAACGAAUUUUGAUCAAACCGUUAUUAAAGGAAAGGCUACAUCGCUAACGAAGAUAGUCUCGAAUCAUAAAGGUUUAACAACGGAUAGUACCGCAGUAGAAAACAUUAUUGGUGAUAAAGAUAUUAUUGUCGUAUCCACUAAUCUAUUUAGAAACCAAGAGAGCGAAAUCCAUUCUGUAAAACUAGACUCAAGCGGCAAACCUGUGAUUUGUCACACAAAGAGUUCAGAUGAAACGCAAACCGCAAUUCCAAAUAAGCCAGACAGUGAAGUGUGGAUUCCUGUCAACGAGGAAGUACAGACAUGUUCAGAUCCUCUAGGAGAAGAAAUAAAUAUGGACCGACAUGAAGGUUCUUCACGACAGGAAAUUCGAACCAGUAGUAAAUUAAAAAUGUCUCGCCCUGCAUCUGGUCCCCGCCUGAACAUGGUUGCUGAUGACGCGACACCAGACGAGAACUACAUAGCUAUCAUAAAUAAAGGCGAUGUGGUUAACUUAAAAGUAAACAUAGAAGUUCGCAGUGGGGAAAGCACAAAUCACAACACUUCUAAGAAGUCACAUUCUUUGACAAACAUAACAAGAGCUGAGAUUGGGUCACAGAUAUCUAUUGACGAGGAUAUGGUAGUGCAAAGCAAGUCCUUGCAAUCUUUACUGAAUAGCGAGUUUCGAGGUACUGGUUUUGAGGGUCGUCCUAAAGUAGUAGUGGUUCAGUGCGCUUGCUGCGGAAUAAGAACACUAAACCCACCUCGUGGUGAUGCAACGCCUUCGGAAAACAAAAAGUAUUUUGUGCUGGUACCAAGCUCCCAGCAUGUAAAUGCCACAGUGGAUAAAUGUGAUGGUGGUUCCUCGGCAAAACAAACUUCCGACCAUCCACAAAGUAAAAGACAUGGCACUAGCCAUCCCAUGAACAAAACUUACUCAAACACGUCCAUAGAGGCCGUCACAGUGCGCGAGUCGCCAUUCCCAAGACGAGAAGUUGGAUUGUUUAUGGCAACCACUAACUCUUCAUGUCAAAACAGUUUUGGGCGUAACGAGUGUCCUGCUCCAAAGCCUAGAGUGAGCAUAACAGAAGAUCAGGGCCCGCGGUGCAACUCCGUGAGGCGGAGCACCUCUCAGAUAUCGGUGACGCAGACCGGCUGUGUGGUCUCCAGGAACAGCAACAGCAACACCAAUUCAAGAACACGCCAAAAUUAUAGUGAUGCGACCACACAAACUGAGUGGUGCAGCGUUCUGGUAGGCUUCUUAAACUUAAAUUAUAGCUUUCAUAAAAUCUUUGACUGUCUACCUAGUGACUUUUUUAUGGGAACAAUGGACCGCCUCAUUUUUUUUGUUUCUUUUUAGUUGGAG